UAGGAAGCGGAUGGAAAUAAUUUGGGAAUACAGUUUCCUCUCCUCCACUGUGGUACCCUGAACUCAGACUACAAAGGGACGUGAGGUCGGGCACUGGUUAACAUGGAAACAUUCUUUUUAGAGGGGGCCCGUGUCUGGCUGAGACACAAAGAACAGCUCCUCCCCUCCACCGUCAGCUCUUGUGAUGAUGCAUCCCUGGUCCUCACCACUGACUAUGGGAAGGUGAUCUACCUGCAGAAGGCGGAGCUAAACAGAGAGACGGUUUACCCGAUGCAUCUCAGCAGCAUCCAUGGAACAGAAGACAUGUCUGCACUGGCAGAGCUGCAUGAAGGUGCCAUCAUGCACAACCUCUUUCUGCGCUACCAGAAAGACAACAUCUAUACCAACAUAGGUUCAAUCCUGGCAGCUGUAAAUCCCUACAAGCAGAUAGCAGGUCUGUAUGACAGCACUUCCGUCGAUUUGUACAGCAAACACCAGAUGGGGGAGCUGCCUCCUCAUAUUUUUGCUGUUGCCAACGAGUGUUACCGCUGCCUGUGGAAGAGACAUGACAGCCAGUGUGUUCUCAUUAGUGGAGAGAGUGGUGCUGGGAAGACAGAAAGCACCAAGCUGCUGCUGAAGUUCCUGUCAGUGAUGAGUCAAAACUCAGCAGGAACUCCCCUGUCAGAGAGGACCACCAGAGUGGAGCAGGCCCUCGUCCAGAGCAGUCCCAUCAUGGAAACAUUCGGGAACGCUAAGACUGUGUACAACAAUAACUCCAGUCGCUUUGGGAAGUUCAUCCAACUCCACUUUUCCCAGAAUGGAAACAUCCAGGGAGGCUGCAUCAUUGACUAUUUGCUGGAAAAGAACCGAGUGGUUCGACAGAAUCCUGGAGAAAGAAACUACCAUAUCUUCUACGCACUGUUAGCAGGGGCAGACAAAGACCACAGAGACAUGUACUUACUGUCUGAGGGUCCUGAGUCAUAUCACUACUUGAGCCAGUCAGGCUGCGUAAAGGACAGCAGUCUGGAUGACAAGCAACUGUUCAACAGUGUUAUGGAAGCCCUGAAGGUGAUGGAGUUCACUGAGGAAGAGAUCAGAGAUGUGUUCAAGUUGCUGUCUGCUGUCCUCCAGAUGGGCAACAUUGAAUUUAUGACUGCUGGCGGGGCUCAGAUCACUUCUAAAGGGGUGGUCAACAAUGUCAGUGAGCUGCUUGGCCUGGACUCCUUCCAGCUGUCUGAGGUGUUGACCCAGCGCUCCAUGAUCCUCAGAGGAGAGGAGAUCUGCUCACCACUUACUGUAGAGCAGGCCGUGGACUCGCGGGAUUCAGUUGCCAUGGCGCUAUAUUCUCAGUGUUUCUCCUGGAUUAUAAUGAGGAUCAACCACAAGAUUAAAGGAAAAGACAAUUUCAAGUCCAUCGGCAUCCUGGACAUCUUCGGCUUUGAGAAUUUCGAGGUGAACCGGUUUGAACAGUUUAAUAUCAACUACGCCAACGAGAAGCUCCAGGAGUAUUUUAAUAAGCACAUUUUCUCACUGGAGCAGCUGGAAUACAACAGGGAGGGCAUCCAGUGGGAGGCCAUAGAUUGGAUGGAUAACGCUGAGUGUCUGGAUCUCAUUGAAAAGAAACUGGGCAUGUUGGCUCUUAUCAAUGAGGAGAGUCGAUUCCCCAAAGGCACUGACUACACCCUUCUGGAAAAACUGCACAGCCGACAUGCAACAAACCCAUACUAUGUGAAGCCUAGAGUGACUGACCACCAGUUUGGCAUCAAGCACUACGCUGGAGAGGUGCUCUAUGAUGUGCGUGGAAUCCUGGAGAAGAACAGAGACACCUUCAGAGAUGACAUCUUGUUCAUUCUCAAAGACAGCAGGCUCGACUUCAUCUACGACCUCUUUGAGCGCGUGGGUAGCAGAAGUGGAGAUGAGACCCUAAAGAUGGGCACGGCCCGACGCAAGCCCACCGUCAGCUCUCAGUUCAGGGACUCGCUCCAUUCCCUGAUGGCCACACUAAGUGCCUCCAACCCCUUUUUCGUGCGCUGCAUUAAACCAAACAUGGACAAGAACGCCAACCAGUUUGAUCCUGAUGUGGUUCUGAAUCAGCUGAGAUACUCUGGAAUGCUAGAAACGGUUAAGAUCCGUAAGGCUGGAUUCCCUGUUCGCAGAACUUUUAUGGACUUCUACAGCAGGUACAAGAUGAUCCUGAAGAACAAGAUCCAUUCAGACGAUGAGAAGCAGAGUUGCUCAGAGCUUCUCACACUUCAUGACAAAGCUAAAAAAGAGUGGCAUCUGGGGAAGACAAAGGUGUUCUUGAAGGAGGCCCUGGAGCAAAGACUGGAGAAGGAGAGGGAAGAGGUGCGGCGCAGGGCUGGCAUGGUGAUCCGCGCCCACAUCCUCAGCUAUGUGGCAAGGAAGCAAUAUAGGAAGGUUCUGUCCAGCGUUGUCACCAUCCAGAAGAACUAUCGCGCUCACUUUUGGAGACGAGUCUUCUUGCGCUUGCGCUUGGCCUCCGUCGUCCUUCAGAAACAUCACAGAGGCCAGCUGGCCCGAUCCCUCUAUCGUCAGCUCAAGGAGGAGAAACAGAAGCGAGAGGAGGAGAGGAGGCGAGAGGAGGAGGCGAAGAAGAGAAAGAGGGAGGAGGAGGAAGAGAAACAGAGGCUGAUGGACGAGGAGCUGAAGAGGAGGGCGGAGGAGGAAGAGUCGAGGAGGAAGGAGGAGCUCAGACUAAUGAAGGAGAAAGAGGAUGAGCAGCAAAUGGCAAAGGAGCUGUCCCAGACUGAGGAAGAGAGUCGUCAGAUGGAGGAGAUCCUGCGGCUGGAGAGAGAGAUCGAGCGCCUGCAGAAGCAGCAGGAAGAUGGUGUGUCCCUUCUUGGUGACGUCUCUCGCGAGGAGCUGCGGCAGAUGAGGGAUGCUGAGAUUUACAGACUGGAGAAGGAAGCCUCCCGUGUGGCUACAGAGUUCCUGGAACUCUUGGACUUUGGUGGUUUGGAGCCAUCACUCUCAAGUGAGGAGAACCUCCAUGACCCAACUGAAUCUACUGCUCCCUUGGCUGAGGAGGAGGUAGACGAGGGUUUCCACGCUGACGACGAGUUUGUUCCUUUGCCUGACUUCCCUCCACCAGCUGCAAUUCCUCUGGACAAGGAAUUAUUCCAAAGUAUUCCACCUCCUCCACCUGCCUUUGCAGAAGGACUACUCGGUGCCCCCUCUGCCUCUUCUGCUGCCCCAGCAAAGCUCUCCCCAUAUACCCCCAACGGACUGAGUCACGUCCCUGUACUCAGAGAUUCCAAAAUCCCAGGCCCUCCUCCUCCUCCUCCUCCACCUCCCCCUCCCCUUCCCCCUCCUGUGGUCACCAAUGGAGAAAAGCGGCCAUGCCAGAGAGCCAGCAGGGGGUCGGACUUUGAGCCUGUGAUUGAAGAACCGUGCCACUCAAAUCUGCCAGACACAGAAUCGGACUAUGACCAGGAGGAGUUUGAGGAGGCUCAUGGGAGCUCAGGUGCCAGCACCAAUGAUGGCCAUAUUACAGAUGAAGAGGUGUUACGAAAAUCCUCCUGCACCCAAAACAGCCUGGACUCCUUCAGAGGCAGCUCGGACUCGUUCAUUGACAGUGAUGAAGACAACGAUGGCUACGUGGAUACAGAUGAGGAAAUUUCCAAUGGGAGAGUGAAUCUAUUAAAUGGCAGUGGGCCUCCCUACUUCCAUGGCUACCUCUACAUGAAGAGUGGCCUGAUGAUCCCAUGGCGUCGUCGCUGGUGUGUGCUGAAAGAUGAAACCUUCAUGUGGUUUCGGGCAAAGCAGGACUCUGUCAAAUCCGGCUGGCUCUACAAGAAAGGAGGAGGAAUGUCCACCUUGUCACGACGCAACUGGAAGAUGCGCUGGUUUGUUUUGCGAGAGUCAAAGCUCAUGUACUUCGAGAAUGACAGUGAAGAGAAGCUGAAAGGAACCAUUGAUAUCCACACAGCCAAGGAUAUAGUGGACAAUCAUGAGAAGGAAAAUGCACUGAAUAUUGUGACUGGGGAGAGGACGUACCACAUCUAUGCAGAGUCCCCAGAAGAUGCCAGUGGUUGGUUCAAUGUGCUUAGUCGGGUCCACAGCGCCAGCCCGGAGCAGCUCAUGGAGAUGCACCAUGAACAGGCCAACCCCAAGAAUGCAGUGGGCACACUGGAUGUGGGCUUGAUUGAUUCUGUCUGUGCAUCAGACAACCCUGACAGACCAAACUCGUUUGUGAUCAUCACGGCCAACCGGGUGAUUCACUGCAACACAGACACACCUGAGGAGAUGCACCACUGGAUCGGCCUGCUGCAGAAAUCCAAGGGAGACUCCAGGGUUGAUGGACAGGAGUUUCUAGUCCGAGGCUGGCUGCAUAAAGAGAUGAAGUCAGGAGCGAAAAGUACCUCUCUGAAACUGAAGAAGCGCUGGUUUGUUCUCACCACAAACUCUUUGGACUACUAUAAGUCGUCAGAGCGUAGCGCCUCCAAGCUGGGAACUCUGGUCCUCAACAGCCUCUGCUCUGUGGUGCAGCCGGACGAGAAGGUCUUCAAGGACACUGGUUAUUGGAAUAUAAUCGUCCAUGGGCGUAAACACUCUUACCGUCUUUACACCAAAAUGCUGAAUGAAGCCAUGCGGUGGGCGAAUGCCAUACAGGGAGCGAUAGACAGCAAAGUUCCCAUAGAAACGCCAACACAACAACUCAUCAGGGACAUUAAGGAGAGCAGUUUGAAUGCAGAGGCAGUGGAGCAGACGUACUGGAGGAACCCCAUCCUGAGAUAUACCCAGCAUCCUUUACACUCCCCUCUUCUACCUCUACCUUAUGGAGAUGUCAAUGUACAUUUGCAAAAGGAAAAGGGUUACACCAGCCUGCAAGAUGAGGCCGUGAAGAUUUUCAACUCACUGCAAGAAAUGGAGGCAGUCUCAGAUCCUGUGCCAAUCAUCCAGGGAAUCCUGCAGACCUGUCAGGACUUGAGGUCAUUAAGAGAUGAGGUCUACUGUCAGCUGAUCAAACAAACCAAUCACGUCCCUCACCCUAACAGUCCUGCCAAUCGCGCCCACUGGCAUCUCCUUACCUGUAUGAGCUGCACCUUCCUGCCCAGCCGUGGCAUCCUACGCUACCUCAAGUUUCACCUCAAAAGGAUCAAGGAGCUGUUCCCCGGUACAGAGAUUGAAAUGUUUGCUCACUUCAUCAGUGAGUCUCUGAAGAAGACCAAGGCCAGGGAGUUUGUUCCAUCCCAAGAAGAAAUCAUAGCAUUGCUUACUAGACAGGAAAUGACCACCACAGUCUACUGCCAUGGAGGAGGCUCCUGCAAGAUCUCCAUUAACUCACACACAACCGCUGGAGAGGUUGUGGAGAAGCUGAUUAGAGGUCUGGCUAUGGAGGACAGCAGGAACAUGUUCGCUCUGUUUGAGCACAACAACACUAUAGACAAAGCUGUGGAGAGCAGGGUGCUUGUGGCUGAUGUUCUGGCCAAAUUUGAAAGACUGGCUGGCAGUGAAGAAGCAGAGGAUGAAGGCCAGUGGAAACUCUAUUUCAAACUCUACUGCUUCCUGGAUGUGGAGAGCAUGCCUAAGGAAGGAGUGGAGUUUGCAUUCAUGUUUGAGCAGGCUCAUGAGAGUUUGACCAGAGGCCACUUCCCUGCCCGUGAAGAGACCCUGCAACACCUGGCAGCUUUACGCCUGCAGUUUCUGUAUGGAGACAAAUCCCGGGCCACCUGGAGCCUGGAAAAUGUCUACCCUGUAGGCCGCCUGCGCAGUCGCAUCCUACAGUUUACCAAAGUGGGUGGUGCCUCGGGAUCUGGCCAAACUUUGGAGCGUCGGAGGACCAGCUUCCUGGAUGGGACCCUGCGCCGAGGGCUAAAGACAGGCUCAAUGAAGAAGCAGCGUAUGGAGGAGGAGCAGAUGCUGGAGAUGUGGAUAAAGGAGGAGAUGUCUGCCACCAGGGCGAGCAUCAUGGAGAAGUGGUCCCGCCUCAGUGGUCUGGUCCAGCACCAAGCCAUGCUCAAAUAUAUGACCAUCAUCAAGGAGUGGCCUGGCUAUGGAUCCACACUGUUUGACGUGGAGUGCAAAGAAGGAGGCUUCCCUCAUGAUCUGUGGUUGAGUGUGAGUGCUGAAAACGUGUCUGUUUACAAGAAAGGAGAGCCGAAGCCUCUGGAGACCUUCCCAUACGAGCACAUCAUCUUCUUUGGUGCUCCACAACCCUGCACCUAUAAGAUCACUGUGGAUGAGAGAGAAAUGUUCUUUGAAACACCACAGGUUGGAGAGAUCACAAAGAUCAUGAAAGCCUACAUAAACAUGAUCGUGAAGAAACGGUGCAGCGUGAAGUCAGUGUCCAGCUACAGUAGCAACUGGAUCAGGUGAUUGACAGGACAGGACACAGCACACCUGACCCACAAACAAGCGUGGAGAGAAGACACAGAGAUGGCAAGAGGAACAAAUCACCUCAACAGAGAUUUUGAAGCGUUUUGCAGCAGGCAAACCCCAUCUGGAAAGAUUUCUUUCUGUAGAGACACAAAAAUGUGACGUCUUUACCGCUUCUGGUAAAAGUAAGGACUCAAGCGUUUGUACCAUUUUAAGCUUUGCAGUCAUCCUGAGUGUUGCUUUUCUCCAUGCAGUCUCCAAACAUGUACACUGGUGAUUUGUCAUGCUACUUGAAAUGUACUUCAGGUAUCUUUUUAGUGGAUUUUAUUUUAAAGACAAGGAAUAGCUGACCGAGUUUAAAUGCUCUUUGUUUUUCGAACAAACCUUCUAUCACAAGACUUUCACAUCUAAAUCAGAACUUUCAAUUUCCAAAAAAGUAAAUUUCUUUCAAGUUGGCAUCCCAAACUGCACUUUUAUUCAAUUGUUUCUUUCUACAGAACAUUGCGGCCCAUUUAAUGAAUGUUCUCCUGAAUGGAGAUUCCCUCAGGUUAAUGUUUAAUAUAAUUGUAAACUUCCCAGGGAGAUUACCUCCCUCUUCUUGCCUUAUUUAGCUUUGUAUUGGUGCAGAUGUGGCCUUUCAGGAAUGGAGUAUAAACAGUUGAGUGAUAGUUAUAGCUUCCACGGGUGCAUGUGUCACAAAAGCACAUCCCUAUUUUAAAGAGAAUACAAUUUGCCUUUUAUUAAACAAAGAAAUACAGCAAACAGAGAAAUGAAAUGUGAAAAACAAUAGAAUAAGUGAAACUGCAAAGUUUAUAACCUCUGCACUGAAGUAGUUUCUCAAAAUUACUGAAAGUCGAACAAUUUGCGCUUCUAUCCUCCAGCAAGUACUCUGUUGAGCUGUUGUACUUGCGCACUAAUUUGAGGUCUUUGAAACUCUUUUUGUAGCUAAGACUGACAUUGCUUGUUGAGAACGUCUGUGUCUAAGGAAUGUUUUACUGUGUUUUUUUAGUGAUGUCGCAGGAAACGUGAGGGCGGGGUAUUUAUUUAUUGCAGUAUCAGUGGAUUGGGAGAAAAAUGAGAGAAGAUGAACAGACUGAGUGGGCUUGAAAUGUGUUGAUGGGGUUUUGCUUGUACAUUUGUUUUUUUAUUGUUUGUGUAUUCAGGGACACAAAGUUAACAGGAUUCACAAAUAGACAUAUUGGUCAUUACUUACUAUCAAUUUUCUCCAGAGGGUUCCCUGUUUCUGAGUGUUUUGUCAACAUACAAAAUAACUGUGUUGCCCUCAAAAACCCAACAGGCUUAACUCCAUUGAUUGUCUUGUUUCCUCUCAUAGGCCAACUGUACAUGAACACAAAGUAUUCAAGCCUAUGCCAAUCAACUUACAGUAUAGUUCAUUAUAGGAAUAUGAUCCACACAUAAUGAGUUUAGUAUUUACCUCACAUUGCAUCACUGUCUUCCAUUGCUCUCCAAUCGUACUCACUUAGGCAAUCUGGUCAGCUGCCGGCGGCCAAACCAGAGACUGAUCUUACCAUUGACGAUGACUGUACCUUGAGAUUUCUGAUUGUUUUCAAGAGGAAGAAAAAGAAAAUCAGAAAAUG